AUGAUGCUCGCAGCCAGGAGCGCUCUGCGCUGCUCGACCCGCUCCUUACCUCGCUCAUUGACCGCCAGACGAAAUGGCUCGACCUCAUCCCAUAGCUUUGAAGAGCCAGCAGGCGCAGACUAUACCGUUCCCGAAAGCUUUGGAACUCCCCUCUGGCGAAAUGUGAUUCUGUUCGGUGUCGCCGCUGUUGCUUUCUACAAAUACGCCCCCGCUCCCAACGACGACGUCUACUUGACGCGCUGGAUCGCCAUGUACACCAAGCCGCGGGAGUACUGGAUGUCUGUCAACGCAAAGCACACUGCUCUCUCUCAAGUCGAUGCCAGGAACACCCUGGUUGUGCAUGAUGCUAUGCAGCCACCUGUCCGCCGUUUCCGGUACCCUCAGGGCCUUGGUACUGGAUCUCCUUUCCUCAACGGUGUUGGAAUGACUGUAGAUAUGAGUGACAUUACUGUAAAGACAGACCGGGACCUCGAGUUCAAGCUCUGA